UUUGAGAAUUUUUGGUAACACUAAAUUUCAAAAGGGAAAGUGACCAAGGUCACCUGACCACAGAGGCUCCUUAAAGCCUCUACGAAUAUUUAGCCCCUAUCCCCAGCUAUCAACACUGAUCACUCAGCAAAUCACAAAAAUUCCUGUUACAUCACCCUCACCAGGAAUGAGGGUGCUUACUAAACUUGAAUUUGUGUAAGGAGGAAGGGCCAUUAGGUGACUCAUAGGGGAUAAAAAGGUCUGCUAUGGGACUUUCUGGCAUUACCAGACAGGAGUAUCUCAUACCUUCUCUUACUAAACAAGUACAUAAAAAAUAAGCCUCUGGGUUCAUCAGAUACAAUCUCACACACGGGUAAAGCACCUGGCUCUCUGCCUCACUCAAGCUGGGAACACAGACCUGUCUGCCUCCAGCUCCGUCCUCGAGGCUUCCUCUCCAGCCAACCACUGAGAGCCGCCAGGCAGAGCUGCUUUCAGAGGGUUUCCCUGGGGUGGUUUGUCCUUUCCUCAAGUAGUUAGAAUGUAUUUACAGUUAAAUCCAGCUGGCAUUUGUAUGCAGCUAAGGUGCCCUGUGCCUUUGGACAUGGAAGAGAAUUUUCUAAUCCAAGACCAGACACUGCAGCAUGCAUUCUCUUGGGAUAGGCUCAGCAUCGGAUAAAGUGUCCCUCAUCCCACAAAUACAAGGCUGGCUGUAGGAAAGAGCGUGGCUCCUGCUGUUUGGAAGUUUAUUUCAGGGAUGGCUAUUGUCCUUGUCUGAUUUCUGUCACCAGAUGGCAGCGCAGUCAGGGCCCCAUGGCGGUGCAUUUGGAGCCUGCUUGGCCUCAGGUUUCAGACUAGGCAGGGUUCCUAGACCUCCAGGUGGCCUGGGGGUCUCCCAAAGAAAGCCACAGCUCUCAGUAGUUAUUUUAGCUUCUUUUCACCAUCUUCUCCUUGCAGGUGUUUAGUUGUUGACUACAGACACAAAUUCUCAUGCAGCAGAAAGAAGAGGCACCCAAGCCAGUUGUGAAGGUCCCUUGAAAUGAUUUCAGUCCCUCCUGACGUUUCCUUAAGCAGCCUCCUUUUGCUUUAAUUUUUUCCACAGCAACACUUAGCUCAUGCUAGGAGGCGUGGCUUUGGCAGAGCUGCCUUGUUUUUUCCGGAGUUAGCUAUUCUCUCCACAUUACCAUGCAUCCUGGCUCUUAAAAUCCUACUGAGUUUGGAGAAAUUAUGUCUUGGCACCCAACCUACUUUCCUGGAACACGGUGUGGGGAUGACGACAGAGCUGGCAGCUCCACUUAACAAUGACAUUGCUGUCUUGUUUCUCCUGAGUGUUCACUUGUGAGUAACAGCAGAAGCGGAAAGCCUUGCUGAGCACAGCUUAUUGUAUGUUUAGGCCUCUGCUCACCGCUUUUAUGAUGGCACCAGUGAAUACAUUGAUCAGAGUAGGAUGAGUCAUCUCUUCAGCCAAUCGUGACUGGAACUUUUCUCCACGGCUGACUUGGCACUAAUCCGAAGUGUGGCAGGAUAGACCUGCCCAGCGUUGUCGCCUUCUCACUGGGAUGCUGUGUGGAGGAGAUGACAGCCAACUACUCCGGCAGCUCUGCCUGCCCUGCCAACAGCUCAGAGGAGGCGCUGCCUGGAACACCAGAGGUGCAUGGGAGCCUGGAACUGGUCUUCACCGUGGUGUCUGCUGUGAUGAUGGCCAUGGUCAUGUUCUCUCUGGGGUGCUCCGUGGACAUGCAGAAGCUCUGGUGGCAUCUCAGGAGACCCUGGGGUGUUGCCGUGGGACUGGUCUGCCAGUUUGGGCUUAUGCCGCUGACAGCCUAUCUCCUGGCCAUCAGCUUCUCUCUGAAGCCAGUCCAAGCGGUCGCUGUCCUCAUCAUGGGGUGCUGCCCUGGGGGGACCAUCUCUAACAUCUUUACCUUCUGGGUGGAUGGAGAUAUGGAUCUCAGCAUCACCAUGACAACCUGUUCCACAGUGGCUGCCCUGGGAAUGAUGCCCCUCUGCCUUUAUCUCUACACCUGGUCCUGGGAUCUGGCCCAGAAUCUCACCAUUCCAUAUCAGAACAUAGGACUUACUCUGCUGUGUCUGACCAUCCCGGUGGCCUUUGGCGUCUUUGUGAACUAUAAGUGGCCAAAACAAUCGAAAAUCAUCCUCAAGGUUGGGGCCAUUGUUGGUGGGCUCCUCCUCCUGGUGGUCACAGUCGCUGGUGUGGUGCUGUCAAAAGAAUUCUGGAAUUCAGAUACCACCCUUCUGACCAUCAGCUUCCUCUUCCCUUUGAUUGGUCACAUCUCCGGCUUCCUGCUGGCUCUCCUUACCCACCAGUCCUGGCAAAGGUGCAGGACGAUUUCCUUAGAAACUGGAGCUCAGAACAUCCAGAUGUGUCUCACCAUGCUCCAGCUAUCGUUCACUGCUGAGCACCUGGUCCAGAUGUUUAACUUUCCACUGGCCUACGGGUUCUUCCAGAUGCUGGAUGGACUUCUCAUUGUUACAGCAUAUCAGGUAUACAAGAAUAUGAAGAACAAACACAGACAGAAGAGCCCAGAUUGUGCAGAAGUCCCCCCUGAGCAGAAACCCAAAGAGACCAGUGCUUUCUUGGAGUGGGAUGAAGCAGCAGCUGUAAACCCUGGGCCAUCAGGGCCAGGAGGUCACCUCGGGGCUCUGGGGCCAAGCAGCCUCCUCACUUCCUGUGGACAGUAUGGACUUACUGGCCACACAGGUCCUCUGCCUUCCAGAGCAGCCAGAAAAGAUGGUGAGAGCUGCUGCCUGGAUCCCCUUGGCAGAGCCUUGUGAAUGUUUUUCUGUGUGGUUUGUGAACUGCAGCAGGAUCACUUUCUGAGAAGGUGUUCUGGCCUUUCAAGGAGCUCUUUGGGGUCAACACAAUAGGGUCACUGCAAGUGUUCCUGCCUUCCUACAGUGGGGAGUGCACAAAAGGGUGGGACCUUCAAUGCCAGAGGCACCCUUCCAGUGGGUGUGCAUGUAGCAAGAGUCAGGACUCAAGGAGACAUGGUCUCCUGUGCAGGGCCAAUUGUUCCUGAGUCCUUGUCACUUCCUGACCCAGAGCAGGUUCUUGGAGCACUUAGGAGAAAAUUGUAGCUCUUACCAAAAUAUGGGGCCCUUUUCUCUAAUGAUUGUUACUUGUAAAGGGGUGGAAUAUCUUUUUUGCUUACAGACAUUGUAGAAGCUUAGAGGGCAGUUAAAGAACAUGUGAGGUCAAAAAGCAAAGGACUGUAUUGUCGGACCCUAGAGAUCGAUGCAUCCACAUGCAUCCUGAUCUACGUGUGCACACACACUGAAUCCUCUGAAGAACAUGAGACUGUUCCUCAGCUGCGCUGCUUGGCAAGGUACCUGGUGACAUUACAGCCUCUGUACACAGAAGUCUGCUGGCCUAGCUCACUCUGUACAGCAGCGGUCACCAUGCAUCGAAGGACUGUACCUCCUCACUCAGCUAUGUUCAUCGACAGCGUGUGGAUGCCACUGUGCAGCUGUGAGCCCCAUGCCCCUCACCAGCACUGCAGCACUUUGUCACCCCCACCUGUCAGAUGUGGCUCACCGCACCCCAGCAGUGCCUGCUCUCCUGCACCUUUGCUGGACCAUGGGAUGGGUACUGACCCGUCUUUCUUAAAACUCAUUUUCAAAAUUAUGUGUGAACCACAGCAUUUAUGGUCUUUGCUCAUUUGUCUACUUUGCCUGCGUUUGGAUUACACUGUUUGGCUUUAUAGAUCUUAACACAUCCUGGGACUGACAAUGCAUUUGUCUCAUGCGUUGUCAAGACUUUACUGUCUUUUAUCUUUUGUUUUUCUGUAAUGUAAACAGUUUUAUAUUUUUACAUAUUCAACUUUAUUAGUCUUUUAAAGUGUUUAAAAAUACUAAAUGUUAGAAUAUUGAUAUUUUUUGUGAAAAUGUACUUGGCUCCUUUUCGGGGAGCCCAUUUGGGGACAUGUUUAUUCACUGUGGUGUGUUUGUCUUCCUGUUGGUGAAUUGAUCCUGUAGUAGGUAAACCCACCUUUCUCUAUGCUGACAUCAUUAAAGAUACUUUCCCCUA